UUUAAAUCCCAAAAAUUUAAAGAUGAUGAAGAUCUGGUGGAUGAAUCUGAAGAAUCAGAGAAAUCAGAGACUAUGAAUUCAUUGGAGAAAGUACUCAUGCUUGAUUUCCCUGUUGAAAAACUGACAGAAAAAUCUGAGGAAUAUUGGGAAGACUAUACUAGUUAUAAUGUAAAGACUCCUAGUGAGGCUAAUUCUUUAAUAACCCCAAUGGAUAGGAAGGCAGGAUCCCAACUAGGUAUUUCUAUGGCUGGAAGGAUCUUUACCUCCCCUGUACCUGGAUUUGGACAAACAGAGUCAGUGGUGUCUUUAAAUUUAAAAAUUCACAAGUUAGAAAGUAUCAUCAAAUUUGAAAAAUAAAAAGAACAGUCAGCUUCAACAAAGAUUAGCACGCAUUUACGCCAAAUUUGAGAAGGAAAAAUAAAAAUUUAGAAGCAAAGCACAAGAGAGAGUUUAAAAAGCAGCUGAAAGAAAAGACAGAAUUGAUGGAGCAAUCUGUUUCUCAAAACCUAAUGCAAAUCAAAGAGCAGUUUGACGUCCAAAGAUCAGAACUAGUGUACAAGAACAUACUAAUAAAAUAAGAUCAUCAAAUAUCUUAUCAGUCAGGAAAUAAACAUUUUUGAGUUAGAUAAUAUGGUUAAAAACCAAAACAAUUUCAGAAGUCCAAUGGAUAUCAAGCUUAGCGAGGUCACUAACAAAACUGCAGAUCAACUUUAUGGAAAGGUUGAGCCUGAUUUCUCGAUUCUCAAAGAUAUCAGCAAAGUAGGCACUGAACAAAUGGACAUACUCCAAGAAACCCAAUCUGAGCUAAAAUAUAUCCAUCGUGAGCUUGAGCUAGCCAAGCUAAUCGCUGGCCAGACUCUAGAAAGUUAUGAUGAAAUGAAAAUAAACAGGGAGUAUUACCAAUUAAUGCAUGCCAAGGCUGUGAACGAGCUCAAUAUAGAGAAGAAUAAAUACAAAGAAGCUAUACUCAACACAAACAAUGAGAUUCAGAAAGCUAAGGACCAAUUUGAGAAGGAGAAAUUAAAUCUCACCAAAGAAUUUACAUUUGAGAUAUCCGUCAAAGAUGAAUUACUAAAGCGAAAAUCAGAAUAUUGACAGACACUUAAAUAAGGAGCUUAUUUACACCAAGAAUAUUAUCAAGAACCCCAGGAUGUUUGAGAGUAGCCAUAGAGCUAUGAAUUUUACACAAUAUGAGAUCUAUGAUUUCAAUAAGUCAAGAGAUACCUCAGACCCCAAAACCAAAACAUCAUUUAAACCUCAGAAGACUAAGCAAAGCAAUAAAUUUUCAGAGUGAAGGAAUAAUCACCAUUGAUUUGCACUCAAGUUUGAAACAGCUCGGAGGAACCCAAAAAUCCUUCGUAAAAUCUCUCCAAUGCUUCGUGAUAGGUCAAGGCAUAUCAGAUUGAACAAGUCUAAAAUUUUAUCAACAGAUAGGUCAACAGACCCAAUUCAUUUUAAUCUUAGUCAGGAAUCAAUUAAGAAGAUUCUUCAGAAAAAGGGUGCGAGUAGAGAACGUGAAAUGAUUUUCCAGAGGAGAAAUCAUAGUGUGAUAGAAUACAUGCCUAAAGUGUUCAAUAUAAGCGAGGUGAACCAUACUACUGAUAAUUCGAACAAAAUCACACCUAUCCAAGAUCGUACGAAGAAAUAAGAGAGAUUAAGAGAGAAGGGAGGA